UCCGGUCGUUUGUCGGCUUGCAAUCAUGGCCGCUAUUAAUCUGUGUGCCGUUCCUGCUUGUCUCGUUAAACCAGUGUUUUAGCCCGCGUGGUGUUUCGUUCUAGACUGUCGAUUGUUAGCGUUUUAAUUCCCUCGUAAUGGCAGCCCCAAAAAGCACGCCGAAGGAUGCCCAAGUCAUGAGUGCAAUACUGAAGGACAUGGGAAUCGUCGACUACGAGCCGAGAGUCAUCAAUCAGAUGCUGGAGUUCACUUACCGUUAUGUUACCAAUAUCCUCGAGGACGCCAGGUUGUAUUCGACACAUGCGAAGAAGAGAGCCGUGGACGUUGAUGACGUGCGUUUGGCUAUUCAAAUGCAAGCAGAAAAAACGUUCACGUCGCCGCCACCGAGAGACCUGCUGAUGGAAAUAGCGCGUCAAAAGAACAGUACGCCGCUGCCGCUUAUCAAAGCGAAUGCCGGACCUCGUCUCCCGCCGGAUAGGUACAGCCUCACUGCUUGCAACUAUCGGCUAAAGUCAGCUAAAAAGCCAAGGAUCCAGGUAGGCCUUCCGCCACAGCUUGGGCUGGCAACCAUGCAAGGAAACAGUGCGGCAGGCUUACCAAAAGUAACACCUGCAUUGAGCCUGAACAGCAAGACAGGCGCCACACUCGCCGUGGUCAGCAAGUCGGCAUCUGCACCAACAGUGACAAUUGUGUCUCGACCCGCCACUGCCAACAAAAUGCAUCCAACACCCAUCAUCAAACUCUCUCAACGGCCACCUCUCAAUGUCAGCACAGCAGUUUCAUCAGCAGCACCCACACCCAUUGUGCAAGUGACAGCUGCCCCACAGCCUACACCCCCAGCUCCCACUACAACUGCAGCAGUGCCUGCAACUGAGGCUACCACCACUCCACCAGUCAUCACCACAGCUACCACAGAACCUGCAACACAGCCAUCUGUGCCACAGCCAAUCAUCAACAUCAAGAGUGAAACACCCUCUGAAAUCAACGACAAAAAGAGGAAGCGUGAAGAGGACGAUGACUAUGAUGCGGCUGAGUGAAUAAACAGUGGGCAUUUGUUCA